AUCGGCACAGAGGAGUCUGCAUGAUUUUCUUUUCACUAGAUGAUAUUUACACAUUCCCUGGUUUGGAGCAAUUUUGUGUCAUUGCUUUUCUUUUAUAUCGAUGGGGUAAGAACAUCUUUACGUUACUGUGACUUUUAAAUGGACUUUGUGGCAUGUUUUUAUUUGAGUCGACUUCCACUUGUAUUGAAGGCAAGAUAAGACUCUAAUGGCGGCUCUGACUGAGAACAUGCUGGUCGUCAACAUCUUACUGAGUGUCUUUUUUCUUCCAGGUGAUUUGGCUGAUUACUGUUAUGGUGGUCUAACACCAGCCCUCAGGAUCACUACACCAAAUAACAUGGAAGCUCUGACUGGAUCUUGUUUGCAAAUCCCAUGUACCUAUGAGACAGAGAAUACUGAGUUCAACAGCAGCAGAAGUAUCUAUGGAGUUUGGAUAAAAGGCAUUGCUCUAAACAAUGUUAUUUUCAACAGCAGCAGCUCAGUUAACACCUAUCAACUAGAAAUAAUUGGAAACCUGAAAGAGAAAAACUGCACCACCCUGUUUCCUAAUCUAGCAACAAGUCAUGCAGAGAAAUAUUUAUUCAGAAUUGAAAACUAUCCAUUUAGAGCACUUGCUUGUGCUGAUCCUCUUCAAAUAACAGUUAAAGAUUCUCCCCAGAGUCCCAGCAUUAAUGUUCCCUCUGACCUGAAGGAGCAUCAGUCUGUCACUGUAACCUGCUCAGCUUUCACUCCCUGUCCACACUCACCUCCUGAUCCCGCCUGGAAUCUCCAACAAGCCUCUCUCAGACAAACAGAGAAAAACACAGAUGGAACCUUUACAACUAAAAUCCAGGAGCACAUCACCCUGUCCGACACACAUGAUGGAUACAACAUCAGAUGUUCUGCCAGAUAUCCUGUGAUUGGAGGAAACAAGACAGCAGAGACAGAAAUAACUCUCAGUGUCUCAUGUAAGUAAUCCUGUCAGCAGGUCAUGGUUCAGCUGUUUGUGAUCAAUAAAGUUCAUGUGUCUCAUUUUCCUCAGAUGCUCCUAGAAACACCUCAGCAUCCAUCAGUCCAUCAGGUUUGGUGUCAGCAGGUAGCUGGGUGGAGCUGAGCUGCUCCAGCAGAGCCAAACCUCCACCCAGAUUCACCUGGUU